AUGCAGACCUAUUUAUCGUCUCUCCGCGGCUUCCUCCAGCUCGGGGUCCCUCGAUCGAUCUCUCGGAGUCGGCCUCUCCCGGCCUCCGCGAAUCUGGGCCGUUCUCGCCCCGGUCUAAUUCAAAAGGACGCGCGGAGUGGCGCCGGCCCUUCCCCAGCAGCCGGUCCAACUGGAAAGGAACUGAAACCGAGAGCGGCCGGAGCUCCGCGUUCUCCUGUAGCCGUGUCUUGGAGCUGCUCCCGACGCGGCGCCCGGGACGUCCCACCAGCCGCCGGGCGCGCAGGGGAGCCAGUCCCUGAGCCGAUCGUCCUCUCCCUCGGACGUAUUCCACCUCGGGCAGCAAUGGCCAGCCCCCUGACCACGCCUUCUCCAGGAGAAGAACUGAUGACUACCCCAAUUCUGCAGGCCACUGAGGGCCUGUCCCCAGAAGCUGGAGCCAGCACAGCACUCAUUGCAGUCGUUAUCACCGUGGUCUUCCUCACCCUGCUCUCAGUUGUGAUCUUCAUCUUCUUCUACCUGUACAAGAACAAAGGCAGCUACGUCACCUAUGAAUCUGCAGAAGGCGAUCCCAGUGCCAUCCUCCAGAUGGAGAAUGACUCAGCCAAGGGCAGAGAGAAGGAGGAAUAUUUCAUCUAACCAUUCCUGGGCCUCGGGAGCUUAUUCCUGCCUCUUAACACUAACACAAUGACUAUUUAAUUUAUUAGGUGGAAGUUUUCUCUGAAACCAGUGAGAAGCAUUGAUUGAUAUAGGGAAAUUCAAGCUCCUUCCUGGACACAGUCCCAGAUGCCAACAUCACUGACUCUGGGGGCUAGGGACAUGGAAGGAACCUGCAUAUGAUGUCUUUAAACAGGCCUUCGUAAUAAAGCUGUUAUUUCUAACUGGUCAACAAGGCAGGGCUGUACCAGCAUUGAGUAUGUGCUGAGUCACAUACUCAGGUUGAAGGGAUGGAAAAGAGAGGGAGGGUCACUGGCCACUCUACUCUGUCCCCUAGUCACCUAGUGACAGCCUCAGUGCGGACAUUGCCCAUGGAAGUUCAUACCAGACGCUGGAUAGCAUAGUAAAAGGCCAGGCCAGUGGACUCUGGAGACCCUACCCUCCACCAUGUGUACUACCCUGCACCAUGUGUGCCUUCGUCUGAGCCCUUCCUUUCCACAGCUCCCAACCUUAUACUCAAGUGAUUUUUAUCCGAAUUAAAAUUUUUCACUAAUGCAGAAAUCAGAUUCUCAUGUGCAAAAACUUACCUUUAUCCUUGCUUAAACUUUUUGUUUAACUCCUUUGCACAUAUUCUCUUUCAAGCCAUAUGAACCCCAGGAAAGUUCCAGAAGUUCCCAGAACUAGCUCAGAGAUUUGGGACAAACAUGGUCCAGGGAAGCUCGUCCCAGAGGAACAUCAUCAGAAACAUACCCUGGGAGAUGAGUUGGUUUAGCUUCCAUCUGGCAAGUGCUGGAAUUUCCCAGAACCCAUUCUAUGUAUACAUAGAGGGAACUAGGAAAAUUCCACCUACCACCUCUCCCCAGUGGCCUCAUAAUCAAACCAAGAAGUUUCAAGGCUUUAAUUUAGUCUCAAAAUAAGAUGUGUUUUAAAAAAUACCACGUUUUGGUAUAAAUAAUUAGCUCCUCAAAUUUUACUUUGGAAUUAAACUAGAUGUCCACUGAGGUCUUAAUGCAUUUCCUCCAUUGUCCACAGUAAGAUCUACGAGUUGAGGAAUCAAUCUUGGCAGCCUACAUCCUAGGAAUUUUCAGUAUCUCUCCACACAGAACUUUGGAGAAAAUGAUGGUCAUCUUGAAUGUGUACAAAUAGCUGUACUAAAACAUUUUCCUCAAGCAAACUCUAAAGCAAAAUAGGAGAAUCAAUCACUCCUUUUUUGUGAGAUGGGAGUCUCACUGUGUUGCUCAGUCCCAUCUCAUAUUCCUUCAUUCAAGUGAGCCUCCCAC